AUGACUUCGGCUCCUAAAGCUGUGCUCCGGUUCUUGCUCUUGGCUGCCGCGAAUGCGCAGGUCCUGGAGUGGGGCAGCCAGGGUGGCAGCUUCCUUGGGAGCCCUAGCGGUUGCAAUGCCAAUGGUGGACUGAGGAUCCUGGAUUCCAGGACCUACUGCUGCGAUAUCAAUGCGUUUGCCACCCACUGUCUUGCUGUGCUUGAUCUUGAGGGUGGCAAGUCUGCCAUCGUGGAGCAGUCCGGCUUGAAAGCUCUACUUGACAACGGCGAGAACCAAGCGCACAUCGAAUGCCACUUUCACCCAGGCAAAGUUGAGACAGCCGACCUGCCCCGCUACUCGUGGAAUUUUCAACAGGGCACCAAGAAGGGUUACAGCGUGAAGUUACAGCAACCGGCCAAGGUGGCUGCAUCUUUCAUUGGUGCCUACAACAGUGUCGGGCUCGUUGGAGCUGGAUGGAAGAACUCGCCCCAAUAUCCCAUGACAUUGGGAGGGCUAAAGCGAUGGAGCCAGGCAUACCUCAAUGAUUUCCCUGCUUACCGCACACUGUCGUGGAAUUGCCAGAAAUACAGCGUGGGAGUGUACAAUGCAGUUACUCACUCCAGCAAGUGGGAGAAACAAGCCGUCCUCACAGGCAUCGGAAAGCCAUUCGCGCCAGCCAUUGAAGGGAGCGCGCGGUUCAGCAGCGGCCAAGGGACAAAUGAAGCUGUUGGUGACGUGACCCAGUGGCUCCUACCGCGGGUCGGGAACAUGUCCAAGGCCAUGCGCCUUCACUGGCUCAAGCUCAUGGCUUCCAUCGGCCAGAAGGUCGAGCGCAGUGAGGAGGAUGAGGACUUCGAGGACAAGUUGCGAACGCAUCCCUUACCUGGGGGCCUGGACGUGGCCUCCGCGGACGACUUCAUGGUGUGUUGGGACUUUGUCCGCACUGGGAAUUGCCCACGUGGAUCCAGCUGCCGCUGGAACCACCCAGCGAAGUGA